UCCGUUGUGCGCAUGUGACGACGUGCGUAAACACGGAAGAGGAUACCAAACAAGACAGCGCCUCCCCUGUUAAUCUCUCGGUUUUGUGAAAUACUAACGGUCUCCCGGCUGAUGUGGUGUCAUAUUUAACGUGACCUUUAGCCCGUGGAGUGAUCCGGGUGAUGGCUGCCGUGUAGCAGAGCUGCCUUCAUUGAAAAACGCUGAAAAAAACAAAAUGCCAGCGCGUAACGUGGUGUCCAGCGGGCUCUCCAACAGCAAAGUCAGGUACUCCAGGUUAGCCUCUGAUGAUGACGGCUACAUUGACUUACAGUUCAAAAGGAGCCCACCCAAAGUCCCGUACAAAGCCAUAGCUCUGGCCACAGUCCUCUUCUUAAUCGGCUCUCUGCUAAUCAUCAUUGGUGCCCUUCUCCUGGCUGGAUACUUUGAAGUCACUCACACAGACAGAACUGUGCCCGUCCUCAUCAUCGGGAUCCUCGUCUUCCUGCCUGGAAUUUACCACCUACGAAUAGCUUACUAUGCAUCAAAGGGCUACCACGGCUACUCCUAUGACGAUAUCCCAGACUUUGACGACUGACGGACGCCGCAGUCUUCCUGCACUCACGUGUACUCAUAAUAUUCCGCUUAUGCUCCAUUUAAAUGCACUGAUUUCUUGAAAUAACUAAAGUUUAAAUAGAUUCUGUAAAUUACUAGCAUCUGAUGCUUGUGGUAGUUGAUGACCUGCUUUUUUAGAAACCAAAUCAGUAUCAGAGAUUGUUUGAUUUGUAUAUUUGUUUUAAUUAGCUUGAUAAAUUAAUAAAAAAUGUAUGUUUGAUGAA